CACACGACAAGAGAUCUCCUAUUGCUAUUCCCAGUCAUCUCUUCAAACUAGAUAGACAAAACCAAAAGACUAAAAGAGAAAGUAGAAAUGCCUACGUCUCUUCAGCUCCAAAGAAUCAACACCACCGCCGCCGCUGCCACGGCCUCCUCCUCCUCCUCCACAACCCCCUCCGCCACCGCCACCUCCGCAAUGACGAAUUACCUCCAAAUAGUCCACCCUUCGGUCUCCGUCCCGGACGACGCGGUCCACUACCACACCCACGCGGUGGGCCCCGACCAGAGCUGCUCCGCGGUGUCCCAGGCCGUCUCCGCCCCCGUCUCCACCGUGUGGUCCGUCGUCCGUCGCUUCGACAACCCCCAGGUCUACAAGAACUUCGUCAAGAGCUGCCAAGUCAUCGUCGGAGACGGCAACGUCGGCACCCUCCGCGAGGUCCACGUGGUCUCCGGGUUGCCCGCGGCCUCGAGCACCGAGCGCCUCGAGAUCCUCGACGACGAGCGACACAUCAUCAGCUUCAGCAUCGUCGGCGGGGAGCACCGGCUCAACAACUACCGGUCCGUCACCACCCUCCACCAGUCACCCGCGGGGGCGGGGACCGUCGUCAUCGAGUCGUACGUCGUUGACGUGCCGCCCGGUAACACCAAGGAGGAAACGUGCGUGUUCGUCGAUACGAUCGUCCGUUGUAAUUUGCAGUCGCUCGCCCGGAUCGCCGAGGAUUUGGCCAAGACCAAUAACUGUAAAUCGUCCUGACUUUUUUACCCUCCUACUUCUUCGUUUAAUCAGAUCGUCUCACAUGAUUUAUUUACAGUAAACCCUAUAGAGACCCAGAAUUGAAUGUGUAGUGUUACGAUGAUCGUGUUCGGAAUAUCAUCUGAUAGUUUUUACAUAGCACAUAUAAUAGGUUACAUCCACCGUCAGAUGAUACUUAAAUGUGAAUUCCGUCACGAACAAUCUGUUGUUCGUUGUGUGGAUUGUUCUGUGUAUGUGGAACUAUUGUUUUAUUGGAGGUUUAUCGCGUAUAUCUCAUCGAAA